AUGCUGUGGGUUAAAAAAUUAGCAUUUCUUUUGUCGUGUCAAUGUUUAUUGAUUGCUGCACAAGGCCCGGGCCCGGGACCCGGGUACAAAAAAUCUUCACAAACGCCUUACAGUGUGUUAAGUGGAAAUUCAUUAGCUCCAGCACCCAUGCAAAGCCGCGCCGUUGAUACACGAAUAUCAUUUGAAAUAGCAGAAGGUCUUCCCAGCGGCACUAUUGUCGGAACGAUUCCCAUUAAAGAAAAUUUUACAUAUAGAUUUAAUGAACCUCCAGCUGAAUUUUCUUUGGACGCAAAUACUGGAGUAAUAAGAACAACUAUGGUUCUCGAUCGAGAAUCAUUUCGCUCCGAUCGAUUUGAUUUAGUCGUCCUGUCCAGUCAACCUACUUAUCCUAUUGAAGUUCGAAUCGUUGUUACGGAUAUGAAUGAUAAUGCUCCAGAAUUUCCCGAGCCUAGCAUUACGGUAAUGUUUUCAGAAAGCUCAGCACCGGGCACGAGAUUACUCUUGGAUUCUGCUUUUGAUAAAGAUGCGGGUCAAAAUGGAGAAUUGGAUUAUAAUAUCGUUGGUGGUAACAAAGACCAAAAGUUUAGGAUAAAUAUAACGUCUAACCCUAGCGGAGAAAUGUCAUAUUUGAACUUGGAAACUACAGGGAAUUUGGACAGAGAAACUCGAGCGUUUUAUCAUCUAAAUAUAUCGGCUAAAGAUGGUGGGGAUCCGCCACUUUAUGGUUAUCUUCAAGUCAAUGUGACUAUAUUGGACGUUAACGACAAUCCUCCUAUGUUCGAUCACAGUGAUUACAAUGUUUCAUUAAAUGAAAGUGUUCCUCCCGGUACAAGUGUUCUUCAGGUUAGAGCAACGGAUAAUGAUGCUGGAGACAAUGCGAAAAUCACAUACAAUUUAGAGGACAUUGGUCAUCAAUUUUCUAUAGAUCCCGAAACCGGUGUUAUAUCAACAGUUGAGCCUUUGAAAUGUGUCAGACAACAAAAUUGUUCAGAAUAUUCAAUUUCGCUAGGUAGUUGUCCUAAAAGUUGCGUGAUUUCCGUUUCUGCCUGGGAUCACGGAGUCCCACGCCAAGUUGGCCGAGCGUACGUCACCGUUAAUUUAAUAGAAGUCAAUACAAACGAUCAUGAUCCAAUAAUAAAUUUUACCUAUUUCUUACGACCAGCUAAAUUUGCUACCGUUGAUGAAAAUGCAAUGAAUGGAACUGUGGUUGCAGCUGUAACUGUCGUAGACGAAGAUGAAGGGCUAAACGGAGAAACGACAGUGGUCAUAAAAGCUGGAAAUGAACUAAAUCAUUUCCGAUUAGAUUCUACUCCAGCUGUGAGAGUCAAUGGAGUUUUAGACAGAGAAGAAAUUAGCAAAUAUAACUUAACAAUAGUGGCCACAGACAAAGGCACUCCUCCGCGCUCUUCGUCUGCUAGUUUGAUCAUACUUGUAAACGAUGUAAACGAUCACGAACCUGUUUUUGAAAAAUCUGAGUAUUCAGUCGUCCUCAGCGAAUUAUCUCCUCCUGGAACUUACGUCGCUGGUAUCACUGCCAGCGAUGAAGACACGGGAGUUAACGCUCAAAUUUAUUAUGCUUUUGUGUCUGGAAAUGAUAACAAUUGGUUUGAACUAAAUGCCGAUUCGGGUUUAAUCACAACCAAAACAACCAUCGAUCGAGAAAUUCAAGGUUCUGUAGAGCUUAAAAUAUCAGCGAGAGACGGUGGUCCAAGUCCCAAAUGGGCUUACACUCAACUCAAAGUAACAGUUUUGGAUGAAAAUGAUGAAAGUCCAAAAUUUUCUCAGGAUCAAAUUAACGUUACACUUUUAGAGGACACACCACCGAACACUUUGGUUGCAAUUUUAACAGCAUCUGAUUCCGAUCAAGGCACUAAUGGAAGUGUCGCCUAUUUUUUAGACGCUGAAUUUUCUCCAAAAUACUCAGGGCCCUUUGCUUUGGAUUCGUUAACGGGCCAAUUAACGACAAAAUCAUAUUUGGACCGAGAAAUCACACCUUAUUACGAAAUUAAAGUAAUUGCCAAAGACCAGGGCGUUCCUCCUCGAUCUUCAACAGCUGUUGUUAAUCUUUUUGUCGAAGAUGUGAAUGAUAAUUCUCCAGAAUUUUAUCCUUUAAAAUAUUUUACGAUAGUAUCAGAAAAUAUUGCUACAGGUAAUAAGGUUCUUCAAGUUUUUGCCCACGACUUGGAUGAAGGAAAAAAUUCUGAAUUGAAAUAUUCGAUCGAAAGCGGUCACGAUGAUCUUUUUAACAUAAAUCCUAAAACUGGAGAAAUACACGUUUUGUCAUCGUUAAAGCAAACUCCAAAAGGUCUAUUCGAAUUGGUCAUUUCGGUAAAGGAUGCUGGAGGACGAAAGUGUUCCGAAAAUGCCAUUGUUGAAAUUAUGAAAGAAAAUCAUUUAAUUAGCUUGGAAUUCAAUAUGCUCGCAGGAUACGAAUUUAAAAUUGUCGAAGAUGAAGGAGAUAAAAUUGGGUCUGAAAUAGGUAAAAUUGAAAUACGCGAACGCGACGGGGGACACGAUAUAAAAAAAGAAAAUAUCAGAUACUAUAUAACAGAUGGAGAUUCCACUGGAAACUUUUUUCUAAAUGAGGAAACUGGCGUUUUAACUCGAAUCAAAGUUAUCGAUAGAGAAGAAAAACAAUUUUAUAAUUUGGUUUGCAUAGCCAGAGCAAAUCUUGCCUAUGGUAAAACUUGGGUGAAUAUAACCGUCACUGAUGUCAACGAUAACAGGCCCAUGUUUUCGAGGGAAAAGGAUUUCGUUGAAGUCAACGAAAAUUCUCCUGUCGGAUUAGAAGUUUAUCAUUCAAUAGCGAAAGACUUGGAUUCCGGUCCGAAUAGUAGAUUCAAAUUCAAUUUGACCAAAAAUGCCCAGGAAAGGUUUAGAAUAAACGAAGCUACCGGUGUAAUUUACUUGAAUCGCAAAAUAAAUGAUGAUCCUGGCACUCUUAUUCCGAUAGAAGUAACAGUGACGGAUUUUGGAAAACCUCCCCUUAUGUCAAAACAAACUGUUGUUAUAUCCAUAAAAGAUGUGAACGAUCACACUCCAGUUUUCGAUCAUACAUCUUACGAAACAUCGCUUUUAGAAUCAACUCGAGUCAACAAAAGAUUUUUUCGUUUGGUGGCUUCCGAUGCCGAUCUCGGUCUUAACGGACUGGUUUCUUAUGAAAUUAGUGAAGGUAAUUUUGAAGGAAAGUUUGGAAUUUUCCCCGAUGGGUAUUUAUAUGUUAAAAGUUCCCUUGAUAGAGAAGAAAGAGAUUAUUAUUCUUUGAUUGUUACGGCAAGAGACAGCGGAGAGCCGUCGAGGAGUUCAACCGUUUCCGUUGUAAUACACGUAAUAGAUGAAAAUGAUAAUCCACCGGAAUUUACAAAUUCAACGUUUACAUUCCACGUAUUGGAAAACGAGCCUCCAGACUCAUUUGUUGGAAAACUAUCGGCCACGGAUCGCGAUAUAGGAAGAAAUGCAGAAUUGAUUUUUUCUUUUGCAAAUCCGCAAAAUGAAUUCAUUAUCGAUCCUAAAAACGGUUUUGUAAAAACCUUGAUAGUGUUCGAUAGAGAGGCUCUCAUACAAACGACCGGUAAAGGCUUCAUCUCUCUUGAAGCGGUGGUCCAUGAUAACGGUCAAAUCAAACUCAAAGACAAGGCUGCCGUUAAUGUCUUUAUUGACGAUCUGAACGAUAAUCCUCCUGUAUUUUUAACUACUCCUUACAAAGUUCAAAUUUCGGAGGGUUCCACUUUGGAAACUCAAGUCCUUAGAGUUUAUGCUACGGAUAUAGACGAAGGUGUUAACGGCGAGGUAUACUAUAGUAUUGCUAUGGGUAAUGAAGAACAAAAAUUUUCAAUCGAACAAGGAACGGGUCAAAUAACGUUAAUUAAAGACCUGGAUAGGGAAACAACUUCAAGAUACGUUCUUACGGUUAUUGCGGAAGAUGGAGCGGUACAAAACAAAUUGAGUGUGUCUACCACAGUGGUUAUAGAUAUUUUAGAUGAAAAUGAUAAUGCACCGGAAUUCGUUCAGACAAUGUUUGAAAUUUCCGUGCCGGAAACGACUCCUGUAAAUACUAAAUUGACUCAAUUCAAAGCCAUCGACAUGGAUAUUGGAAUAAACAGCGAAAUUUCUUUUUCGAUUGGAGCUGGAAACAGAAGGGACACUUUUCACAUAGAUCCGACAUCGGGCACAUUAUAUUUACAUAAACUUUUAGAUUACGAGGAACUCAAUUCUUACACAUUGACAAUAGUAGCCUCUGAUGGAGGAAACCCUCGGCUAUCAUCGACCACCUUGUUCAACGUUACCGUAGAAGACAGCAACGACAAUUCUCCAGUUUUUCCGAACACGGCAUUGGUUCGUCAAAUAUUAGAAGGAAUACCUGUAAAUAAAGCGAUUGUUACAGUGACAGCGGAAGAUCCCGAUUCGGGUAAAAAUGGAGAAGUUAUGUAUUCGAUUUCCAGUCAAGAACCCGAAACUCCUGGUCACGAAAGACAUUUCGGAAUCAAUCCGAAGACAGGAGUCAUAUACACUUUGCUACCCAUAGACCGAGAAGCUGUCGAUACUUUCUUAUUGACGGUCGUAGCUACGGAUCAAGCGUGUCCCGAGAGUAGUCGUCGCUCCGCGGAAAAAUUAGUUACUGUAAUAGUGGAAGACAUAAACGACAAUGCUCCUAUCUUUGCAUCAAUGAACGCAGCCGUGUUGCCGCAUCAAAUGACUCGAGAAGGAACGUUGAUUAUGAAUGUUUUCGCCCGAGAUUUGGAUUCAAAUACAAACGGUUUGGUGAAAUACGAUUUGAUUAGUGGAAACGCGGAAUUAUUCAAAUUGGAUAUAAAUUCCGGAGCGCUGACGCUCAGGCAAUCAUUGGUCGAUCCGAAACCAAUUUAUCACUUGGCUGUUAAAGCCACGGACGAAGCCGUACAAUCUGAACGGAAAUCCACCGAAGCGUACAUAACACUUUUUCUAAAGGGCGACGGGGAAAACGAGCCUAAAUUUUUGCAGGAAAACAUUCAGGGUAGCGUUUACGAAAACGAAUCACCCGGUAAAAGCAUACUUACAAUAUCGGCAAAGCUUCAGGGUGUCGAUUUGGAAUAUUUCGUUACGAAUGUUACGGGUAAUGGAAAACAAGCGGAUUGUUUGUUUGACGUGGACGCUAAAUCGGGAGUGUUGACAAACGCAGUGGCAUUAGAUAGAGAAACAGGAUCAGAAUUCUACAUUGUGGAAGUGUAUGCAGUUGGAGUAAACACUUCGAGACCACAUACUUCACUCACAAAGGUCAGAGUUAACGUUCUUGAUAAAAACGACAGUCCGCCAUCAUUUAAAAAUACAAAAUUAAAUUAUUCCGUGUCGGAAGAUUUACCCGUUGGACACGUGAUUGCCACGAUAAAUGCCGUGGAUCCAGACACAAUUGGAAAAAUAACAUAUAACCUCGUCGGUGGCGGUGGUGAAAAUAAAUUCGAAAUAGAAUCAUCAAGUGGAAUAUUAAAAUUAAAUGAUUCAUUAGACAGAGAAACUAAAGAUUCAUAUCAAUUACAAGUCCGAGCCAAUGAUGGAAUCCAGUACACUGAUGCAAUCGUUAAAAUUUUUGUUACGGAUACAAACGAUAAUCCUCCAGUUUUUUCAGACAAUGCUUAUUCUUUUGACGUACCCGAAAAUACAAUUCGAGGUACUCGAGUGGGAGAAAUAAUGGCAACUGACGAAGACGAAGGUAUCAACGGUCAAGUCAGUUAUCAGGUCAUAUCCGAUUGGGCAAACGAUGUAUUUAGCCUUAAUUCACAAUCUGGAGUUUUUACAUUGACAACGAGGUUGGAUUACGAAGAGGUUCAGCACUACAUAUUCGUCGUACAAGCUCAGGAUUCUGGAAAACCGAGUCUUUCAUCAACUUUGACCGUUUAUUUUAACGUUAUCGAUUUAAAUGAUAACGCUCCAUUAUUUGAUCCAAUGAGUUAUAAUAAUGAAGUUUUUGAAAAUGUAACAAUAGGUACAAAUGUUGUUACCGUAAGCGCAACUGAUUUAGAUUCAGGUCAAAAUGGUGCCAUCGAAUAUAAAAUAAUUUCCGGGGAUGAAAACGAAGAUUUAGCCAUAGCAAACAAUGGUACAAUAUACACGGUUAAAGAAUUAGAUAGAGAAACUAAAUCCGCUUAUAAUUUGGUGGUGACUGGUACGGAUUUGGCUGAACCACCCCAACAAAGAUUGUCAUCCACCGUACAGGUGACGAUCGUUUUGAAAGAUGUUAACGACAUGUCUCCGGAAUUCAUAACUCCGACUAAAACAUCCGUAUCUGAAAACAUACCAUUGAACACGGUCGUGUUAGCAAUAAAAGCCAUUGAUAAAGACGAAGGUAGAAACAGCUACCUGGAAUAUUCUCUUUACGAUCCGACGAAAACGUUUAGCGUCGGUACGAUUGACGGCCUUUUAAGGGUUGUCGGAAAAUUAGAUCGUGAAACUGUGGCCAAUUACAGUUUGGAAGUUGUCGCAAAAGACAAAGGAGAUCCUCCGAGAUACACGAAACAAAAUAUAUUCGUUAAUGUUGUUGACGAAAACGACAACAGUCCCAUGUUUGAUCCGAAACAUUACAGUGCGAGCAUUGCUGAAAAUGCAAGCAUCGGUGCGAGCGUCCUGCAGGUUUCUGCGACGGAUGUCGAUGAGGGUCUCAACGGUAAGGUACGAUAUUCCAUAUUUUCCGGCGACGAAAAUCGAGAUUUCAGCAUAUCGGAAGACACGGGCGUCGUGAGAGUGGCAAAAAAUUUAAAUUUCGAAAGGAAACCGCGUUAUUUGUUAACGGUUCGAGCAGAAGACAGUUCGAAUAACGACGAUGAUAACAUACGUUACGACACGGCAACCAUGUCGAUCAUAGUCAGAGAUAUAAACGACAAUCCUCCAGUUUUUUUAGAUUCCCCUUAUUACGCUUACGUCAUGGAAAAUACGGUUCCAUCUCCUGACGGUUAUUUUUUAACAGUUCGGGCAUCCGAUGCUGAUUCUCCACAAUAUAACGGUCAGGUUCGGUAUUUUCUGAAAGAAGGAGACGCUGGAUUAUUUCGAAUAAAUGCUUCGACCGGCGAUUUGUACCUUUCGAGACCGCUGGACAGAGAAAAACAAUCGGAAUAUCUCCUCACACUUGUUGCCAUGGACACAGGUACGCCACCUUUAAGCGGUUCAGGAACGGUUCGUGUUAUUGUACAGGAUGUUAACGAUCACAGUCCCGUUUUCGAAAGACAAUCAUACGUUGCUUCUAUAAUGGAAAAUUCACCGAUUGGAUAUUUUGUGACGCAACCGGUGGCAACAGAUCAAGAUGAUGGAUUGAAUGCUAAAAUAAAGUACAGUUUCUUCGGAGACAAAGCGGAUAGAUUUCAUUUGGAGGAAAAUACGGGAGUCAUAACAACAGCUACGAUUUUAGAUAGAGAAGAAACAUCGAUUUAUUUUCUUACUUACGUGGCACAAGAUUGCAGCAUAACCGAACCUAAAGCCACGGCAGUUAAUUUAACCAUAAUUAUUCUCGAUGAUAAUGAUAAUUCACCCGAAUUUAGUAGUGCGGAAUAUUCGGUGUCAGUUCCAGACAAUACUUCCGGUGAUGAAUUUAUUUUCGGGGCAAAAGCACACGAUGACGACAUCGGUAAAAAUAGUCAAAUAAAGUAUUUCCUAGACGGAAAGGAUAAAGAUAAGUUCACCAUAGCCCCGGAUACAGGAGUGAUUAAAGCUGCUGGAAAAUUAUCUACUGCAUCGAUUGACGGGUCAGAUAAAGUUUAUAAUAUUGAAAUACAUGCCGAAGACGGAGGAGAAGAACCUCGAACGGCUUCGGCUAAACUUAACGUAAAACUUGAACCGCAAGAAUGGUUUCCAAAAAUCAUAGCUCCAAAAGAAAAUAAAUUUGUACUUCCUGAAAAUAUUGAAACGGGAAAAGUCAUAUCAAAACUUUCUGCUGUUUCUUCGAAAUCGGAUUCGUACGAUCGAAUAAGGUAUGGAAUAGCUGGUGGAAAUCUUAAAGAGGCAAUCAAAAUUAAUUCUGAUUCUGGAGAAAUUAGCGUAAUCGGUGGAAAAUUAGAUUUUGAAACUUCUCCGAUAUACGAAGUUUGGGUUGAAGCUCAUUACGUGGAUAAUUCCGCUCUGAGAACGGUUCUUCAGAUUACCAUUAAUGUAACGGACACCAACGACAAUCCGCCAGUUAUUGAAAAGCAAAUUUACAGUGCUAACAUUUACGAAGAAGAAUAUCCGCCACUUAAAGUUUGUACGAUAAAAGCGACGGAUUUAGAUUCUGAACAAAAUGGUGAAAUAUCGUAUAGAUUAAUAAACGAUUCGGAUGGAACUUUUUCAAUAGAUGAAAAGAAUGGUGACAUUUUUACGGAAGUAAAAUUAGAUCGAGAAUCCAUAGCCAGUUAUACUUUAACAGUGGAAGCUUUUGAUCACGGUAAUCCCCAGCUAACGAGUACUGCGACAGUUUUAGUGAACGUCCUCGACAAAAACGAUAAUCCGCCCAGAUUCACGCGUUUGUUUAGUGUAAACGUGACGGAAAAUGCCGAAAUUGGAUCUUUUGUCAUACGUGUCACUAGUUCCGAUCAGGAUAUUGGAGAGAAUGCAAACGCAACUUAUUCAUUUACCGAAAAUCCAGGAAAUAAAUUUUCUCUUGAUCCGCUCUCUGGCAACGUGACGGUGGCAGGACCCCUGGAUAGAGAAACUCAAGACGAAUAUUUAUUGAAAGUAGCUGCUUUCGACGGUGCCUGGAGAUCUGAGACUCCACUCACGAUCACCAUUCAAGAUCAAAAUGAUAACGCUCCAGAAUUCGAACAUUUCGAUUAUAGCUUUAAUUUUCCAGAAUCGCAAUCGAGCGUGAUUUUUGUCGGUCAAGUGAUAGCGACCGACAGAGAUAAACACGGUGCUAAUUCUGUGAUAUCAUAUUCGCUUAAGCAUCCAUCGGAUAUAUUCACCAUAGAUCCUGCAAGUGGAGAAAUUUUCUCCAAACGUCCGCUUCGUUAUAAGUACACAGCUUUAGAACAUUCGCCUGAAAAUCAGUAUACUCUCACUGUGCUCGCAACCGAUAAUGGGAAACCUCCGAUGUCGUCCGAAUGUUUGGUAACCGUCAAUAUUAUCGAUUCAAAUAAUAAUCCGCCGAAAUUUACGAAAAGCCAAUACUUUAGCUCGCUACCUAAAAGUGCAGAUUAUGAACAAAAAAUAUUACAAGUCAAAGCUACGGACGAACAAGAUUUCGGUAUGAACGCAGAAAUAGAUUAUUCAAUAUCCGGCGGAAAUGGAUCUAAUUAUUUUAACAUAAACGAAAAGACCGGUUGGUUAACAGUUUCUCGCGCUAAUAUACCGGUUAAAGUUUUGAGUCGCUACGUGAUAAACGUGAAAGCCACCGACAGAGGAGUACCGCCUUUAUCCGACGAAGCUCAAGUUACGCUGGUUGUCACGGGAGAAAACUUGUAUUCACCUGUAUUUCCAGCUUUGAGCUUUCAAGUUAUCAUACCGGAAAACGAUCCUGUCGGUUCCACAAUUUUAACCAUUAAGGCAACGGAUGACGACGACGGUCCGAACGGAAUGGUCGAAUAUAAAAUAUCAAGCGGAAAUGAAGACUCUAAAUUUCACCUUAACUCGACUACGGGAGCUUUGAAAAUUCUCAAACCAUUGGAUUACGACACCGUCAGCAACUAUCAUUUAAAUGUAACGGCAACGGAUUUAGGAUUUGAACCGCACCAAGCGACCGCGAUGGUGACAAUAUCCCUAACGGACGUCAAUGAUAAUCCUCCGACGUUUAAUCAAAGCGUUUAUAAGGCUUACAUACCUGAAAACUCUCCUCCUAAAACAUUCAUUUUCCAAGUUCAAGCCCACGAUAUAGAUUCUCCUAAAAAUGCGAUCAUACAUUACUCAAUAAUACGUGGGACAGGAAAGGAUGUUUUUACCAUUGAUUCUAAAACUGGAACCAUUUUCUCGAAAUCAAGGUUGGACUACGAAGAAAAGGAUGAAUAUUCGUUAGAAAUUUUAGCUGCAAAUCCAGAUUCUCCCAUGUUCGGCUCGACCAAAGUCAUCGUUUACGUCACUGGAGUAAAUGAAUUUUAUCCUAAAUUUGUGACGCCGGUAUUUCAUUUCGAAAUAUCUGAAAGCAGUGAAGUCGGGACAAGCGUUGGAACGAUUCAGGCAACCGACGAAGACGCAGGAGACGAUGGAAAAGUUUAUUACUUGUUUGUCGGCUCUAGUAACGAUAAAGGAUUUAGUAUAGGUUCUGAAACGGGAACCAUUUUAGUAUCUCGUCGUUUGGAUCGGGAAACUCAAAAUCGAGUCGUAUUAACAGUUGUGGCAAAAAAUGCCGGAGGAAUAAGAGGUAACGAUACGGAUGAAGCUCAGGUAGUGAUUUCUAUUCAAGAUGGAAACGAUCCUCCUGAAUUUUUGCAACAAGAAUACGAAACGAGAGUUCCCGAGGAUGUUAGACCCGGAAAAAUAAUAACCACGGUCAAAGCUAUCGACAAAGACGUUCGGCCACUUAACAAUCAGUUUUCUUACUCUAUCAUUAACGGAAAUUCUGAAAAAGCCUUUAAAAUUGAUCCACAAACGGGUGCCAUCGAAACGGCGGCCGAAUUGGAUCGUGAAAAAAUACCUGCGUACACGUUAAUUAUCGGAGCGAUAGACACGGGUGUGCCACCUCAAACUGGUACCGCAACAGUCAAAAUAAUUUUAGAAGACGUCAACGACAACGAACCCUUUUUCGAUCCUCCAAAUAUUAUCGGUUACGUUACUGAAAAUGAACCGCCGAACACGAGCGUUUUAACGUUGACCGCCACGGAUCCGGACCUUCCACCAAACGGUGCUCCUUUUAAUUACUUUUUAACAGGGGGCAAAGAUAAAGAUUUUGUUUUCGUUGAAAAAACGACGGGUGUUAUUAAAACGAGAAAAGUCAUUGACCGAGAAGUUAAUCCUCAGUUAGAAAUAAUGAUCAGCGUCGAAGACAAUGGCGUGCCGAAAUUAAAAUCUCAGCACUCUGUUUCAAUAAUUGUUUUAGAUCAAAAUGAUAGUCCAUCAACACCGAGGACGGUUCAAGUUUUAGUUCAUUAUUUCAACGAUGAAUUGCCCUUGGGUAAGAUAGCCGACGUUCAUCCGAAUGAUGCUGACACGACCGGGGAUUAUCAUUGCAAAAUAAUUAAUAAUCCUGGUACGAAAACAAAUUUUUUUAUAAAAAACGGUUGCGAAUUGACAGUUGGAAAAUUUACACCCAACGUUAAAUAUCACUUUAACGUUACCGGAAACGAUGGAAAACAUUCGGACGUUAUGUCGACGGUAUCCGUUGAAUUUUUCCCAUUCACAAAUACAACGGUCGAUAAUAGUUUUACAAUUAGGUUGGAAGAAAUGACUUCCGGUAAAUUUUUUACGCACUACUACGAUACAUUCGUAGAAUCCAUAAAAUCAGCGUUUCAGUCAACGGAUUACGUACAUUUGUUCAGCGUCAACGAAGUCGAUUCUGGCUUGGAACUUACAAUGGCAAUAAAAAAUUCGAAAGGCUACUACCUAAAGGAUAAUUCGAUUGAAAAUAUAAUGAAAAAACGAGACUCGAUUCAAAGAAAAAUCGGAGCGACGGCCAUCAUCGGUUACAAACCCUGUCAAAAAUUCACGUGUGAAAAUUCCGGAACUUGUAACGAUGGAAUUUCCGUUCUCGACGGUUCGAGAAUAAUUGACAGUCAAAUAUUAAUUUUUUCUAGUCCGGUCGUGUCUCACGAUUAUUUCUGUCGCUGUCCGGAUGGAUUCACCGGAAAAAGAUGCGAUCGUCAACACGAUCCAUGUUUACCCAAUCCGUGCAGAGCUGGAGGCACAUGCAGACGUCAAGGACACGACUUUCAGUGUUUGUGUCCCGUUUCCAGAGAGGGAAAGCUUUGCGAGCACGAAAAAGAAAACGCUUGCGACGGAAAUCCAUGUCGAAACGGUGGAUCCUGUCGUCAAAGCCCUGACGGUUCGAGCUUUUUCUGUUUGUGCCGACCAGGUUACCGGGGAAAUCAUUGCGAAACAACAUCGGAUUCUUGCCGACCGAAUCCGUGUUUCAAUGGCGGUAUUUGCGUCUCGCUGAAACCCGGUUAUCGUUGCAGUUGUCCGAAAGCCAGACACGGGCGCCAUUGUGAAAAAUCAACUUUCGGAUUCAACGAGUUAUCGUACAUGACGUUUUCAUCUUUGGAUGUGACCACAAAUGACAUUUCAAUUAUUUUUGCAACCGUGAAACCGAACGCUUUGCUAAUUUACAAUUAUGGAAUACAAACCGGAGGAAGAUCGGAUUUUGUUGCUGUCGAACUCAUCAACGGUAAGGCUGUUUUUUCUUACGGAGGAGCGAGAUCGGCAAUAACAUCUGUGAUGGUACCACGCGACAACGCUACCUUGGCCAAUGGUGCGUGGCAUAAGAUAACUGCAACAAGAAAUGGAAGAGUUGUUUCGUUGAGCGUGGCUACCUGCAACGAUAAUGGAGAUGCUUGUCAAGAAUGUAAAACCGGAGAUGCUACAUGUUAUGCAGAUGACAUCGGUCCCACCGGAACUUUAAAUUUCAAUAAUCAUCCGAUGCUCGUCGGCGGUUUAACAUCUACCGAUCCGGUACUGGAGCGACCUGGACAAAUUCAUUCCGACGAUCUCGUGGGUUGCGUUCACUCGAUUUCCAUUAACGGUCGCGCAUUAAAUUUGAGCAACCCGAUUAAAAGUCAAAAUGUCGAUCCCGUUUGCGGAAGAUCUCAUUCGCCGUGUGCUGGAAGCAGUCAAACGAACGAAGUCGUAGAAAUUAUUAAUCCUUGUGGAGAAGGUCAAUGUCUCGAUCGGUGGCAAUCUCACUUGUGCGUUUGCUCCGGAUUGGUUGCAGCCAACUGUCACGAUGUCUUAGAGCCCAUCACAUUAUCCGAUGGUAGUUUCGUUGAAUUUAAAAUAUCCGAAAAACACUCGAGAAUGCAAUUAUUGGACAAUCUAUAUCACGGAUCAACCCUUUGGAAAAAUGAAAAUCAAAAAUAUAAAAGAUACGCCGAGGGAAAUUUGAGUUCAGGUUCGAUCGGAAACUCAGUUUCUGGACCGUUUAAAAGUUUGAGCGUCGUUUUUCGCACUGUCAAAAGUGAGGGCCUCGUUUUGUAUUCGGCUACCAAUGAAGAUUUUACAUCCAUUGAGAUCAAAAACGGUAAAAUAUUAUACAUUUCUCGUCUUGGAACUUCCGGUUCAUUUGUCAACAUGACCGUGACAGAAUUACUCGUAAACGAUGGUCAGUGGCAUAAUUUAACUCUACAUUCUCAUAACAGAGGCCUUAAAUUAUUACUAGAUGGUAAAAAGGUUGGAGAAGAACUUGAUUCGGCCGGAGUUCACGACUUUUUAGAUCCGUACCUGACGACGCUGUCCAUCGGAGGAACUAAAAAGAAAACUUUUGCGGCAUCUGAUCCUGCCCCGAUAGGAUUCGAAGGAUGUAUUGCAAAUUUUACGGUGAAUAAUGAAAUCCAAUCGUUUAACGGAUCAGGAAGUAUUUUUUCAGAAACGAUUAUUUACGGCAAGAUAGUUAAAGGCUGUGCUGGACCCAUCGGAGUUGGAGCAAACACUGCUCCCGAUCCUCUCAGUAUAGGUGUUACUUUAGUGAUUGUGUUUUUCGUUACUCUCCUCGUUGCGAUAUUAGUCAGUUUUAUAGUUUUUCAUCUCAGACGACAAAAGAAAGAAAAAGGAGAAGUUCCGGGAGGGAGAGGAAGUUUAGGAAUAUCGAAGCAAAAUGGGAGUACAACACUAGUAGCCGGAGGAGAAGGCAUGGUUGGCACUACCGGUGAAGGAGUGUUGAGUCGCGGAGUUCACGGCGAGGCUAACGUAGGUUACUUGUCGGAAACUGCGGACGCACUCCGAAGCCAUCAUUUGAUGGCUCCAGAACUGAUUUCAAAAAAGUACAAAGAAAAAGAAAUUAUUAGUUCGGAUGCGCAAAGGCAUUCGAGGCCAGAUAUAAUCGAACGCGAAGUGGUCGGAAAAUCUCCUCUCUUACGAGAGGAACAUCCUUCUAUUUCUUCCGCUCAGGUUUCGCAAAAUUCUCAUCACCAUGACAACAGUGAAAUUCCAGAACAUUAUGAUUUAGAGAAUGCUAGCUCGAUAGCGCCCAGUGACAUAGACAUAGUGUAUCAUUACAAAGGUUAUCGUGACGGAGGAAUGCGAAAAUACAAAGCUACUCCACCGCACAUUCCCUCGUCAGGAGGUUAUCAUCACAAGCAUGCCGCUUCGCAACAACAACACCGACACAGUCCUCACUUAACGGCUGGUUUUCUACCUCCAUCCAGAGACAGUUCUCGAUCAGCAAUACCACCGCCUCCCGUUUCUCGAGUAGACUCAUCUCCGAACGUGGUGAAUAAUCUGACUUCUCAGAACACUAGCAAACUUUUGUCUCACCAAAGUACUCCUCUUGCAAGACUAAGUCCCAGUAGCGAAUUAUCAAGUCAGCAACCGCGAAUUCUCACUUUGAGCGACAUAAGCGGUAAGCCCUUGCAAAGUGCUCUAUUAGCGACUACUUCCUCAUCCGGAGGUGUUGGAAAAGACAUUUUGCACAGUAACAGUGAGAGAAGUUUAAACAGUCCCGUUAUGAGUCAAAUAAGCGGACAAAGUUCUACAACUAGUCGUAAAAAUCAACAGCAAAAUGGUAGUAAUGCGGGAAAUAAAAGUGCUCCUUUGGGUUUGACAGCAGAAGAAAUAGACAGGUUAAAUUGUCAUCCUCGGACCAGUAGCCUCGUGUCAACGCUCGAUGCCGUCAGUUCUUCCAGUGAACCUCCGAUAACACGUCAAAAUCAUCACUUGAAUAACGCAAACGACAUACCAGAUAAUAAUUCAUCGACAACGACGGACGAAAGCGGAAAUGAUUCUUUCACUUGUUCCGAAAUAGAAUACGAUAAUAAUUCAAUAAGCGGAGACAAACGAAGUGACAUAUUGUUUAGCAAAUUGACAGAAGACGAAGACGACAGGUCGAGAUCAAACAAUUCUGGUAAUGCAAGCAAACCACCUUUGCCUCCACCAUCGUACGACGGUUUCGAUUCUUCCUUUCGAGGUUCUUUGAGCACGUUGGUGGCAUCGGACGACGAUCUUUCCACGCACAUGGGCGGAUUAUUAUACCGUGCUCCAAAUGGAUCACCAUCUUCAACGGCACCUCUCGGUUGGAAUUAUUUACUUAAUUGGGGUCCUAAUUUUGAAAGCCUCGUUGGUGUUUUUAAAGACAUUGCUGAGUUGCCCGAUGCAGUGAAUGGUCGCGUACAAACGUUAAGGUUACCUAAUCAAUCACCAAAACCCAACGAAGAAUAUGUUUGA